UAAGAACUUCAAAAAAUUAUUGUUGACCGACCUAUACAAGUUAGUUUGGAACCGCCUGCAGCUUUAAAAGAACAAACAAAUCUUGUCAAAACAACGAAAAAGGAAGAUAAGCAUGGACGAUAUGAUGCGGGCGCUUGACUGGCUGAAAGUGAAGACAACGCUGCAUAACGCGGCCCUAGCGUCCAAGGCGUGCGCAGGAAGGACCUUGGGCGAGGACCGGGAGCCUAUUUGGGUGGAGGGCAGUAAGAGUACGACGGAGGCACCCGCGAUGCCGGAGAAUUUGUCUGCUCCCAAGGAGGAGACUUACCUGCCGGCGUGUACCGAUUCGGAGCCCAGUAUAUCCUGCUUUCCCGACGCACAGGCCAUCAACGCCAGCAUCGUGAAGCGGGAGAUGGCGGAGGAGGGCAAAAGGUGUGUCCGUCGGCAACUGUUGGCCCUCAAGGACAAGCAGGAUGCAAUGCGUCUCUCACGCGCCGCCCAGCACAAGGAGGAUGAGCGCCAGCGCGACCAGUUGCAGCAAAAAGAGCUGCGGGAGCGCGAGUUAAUCCAGAAGGCGGACCAGAUGACCGCGGCCCAACUGGAGGUCCAGCAACGCGAGCAGCUGCUCCUGCGCCAUCAGACUGACCAGAAGCUGCACAAACUGGCCCUAGAGGGCGUGUCCCGCUGCCAAAACAGAUUCAGCCAGAAGUACGAGGGCAUCGCCAGGAUACUGCUUUCCCUGGACAAGGAAACGGUGAAGGUGUGCGCCGCCCAAAACACACAGCUCAAAGAGCUGGGCCAGAAGUUCAAUCAGCUAGUGAGUAACGUCAAAGUGGGCAAAUGCGAAUUGCAGAGCCAGUUCCUCUGCUACAUCAUCAAGGCGGAAGAGUACUGCAGGAGCCUCGACGUCUUGGAGCUGGACAUCAUCAAGCAGUUGGCAGAGUUCUCUGAGCAGAUCCAGCAGCAGCUCAAAAUGGAGGCCGCCAAGAAGCUAGAGGAGGAGCAUCAAAAGCAGCUGGAGGAGGAGAAGCAGCGUCUGGAAAAGGAAGAGGCGGAGGCUAAGGAAAAACAGCAACUGGCUGAGACUGCCAAGGCUGAAGCCGCCAAAGAUACGGAUCCCCAGGAGCCGAAACCCCAAGUAGUGCCACCAGUCGCCACAUCCAUAUCUAGUUGCGUCCACCCAGACAGGCUGAAGUUAUACAACGAGAUAAUUUCCCUAUAUCAGUCCAAGGUUGAUGCAGUGAAGCCUCUGCAAACAGAGGAGUCCCUGAAGCAGUAUCGCACUGGCUGCCAGAGAGCCAUUAACUUGCCUCUCAACGCCAUAUCAGCUGUCAGUCCACAGCACCUGGCCCAGAAUUUUGAUAAGCUUUACAGCUUCUUUGCCGGGCAGCCGACUAAAGUGAUGAAUGGUUCAACCAUUACCAUCAACGAUCACCCGCUUGCCCGCGAUUAUUGUAUGCUCUUAAUGGCCAAGAAGUUUGUCAGCCAAACGGAGACAGCAAUAUCCAGCAAUCCUCAGGCGGCCUUUCCCUUUGCCUCUGUGAUAGUGACCUUCUGGAAGCUGUUGCCCGAUUUUGGCCAGGUCUUCCUAGCCUACAUGUACAAAGAGUCACCUUUUCUGGUGCCCUAUGUGAUACCCCAGCAGCAAGGACAGACUCCGGAGCAGUACCUGAAGACCAUCGGCUACCGGGUGUCGGACAAAAAUGAGCUGGAGAAACCGGAUAUUUACCUUAAGCGUCAAUCGGGCAUUGCUCGCCUCUACGCAGCGGUUAUUAUAACGCACGGUCGAAAGGCAGCCGGACCGGAUCGCUGCUUUGAGCUGGAGGAGGGCUGGAUCUGGCUAACUCAUAUGGUUAAUGUUAAGCCGUUGCCCGACAUCAGUGCCACAUUGAUAAUGGAAAUCCUGCAGACCUUAGGCUUUGAGAUGUGGCGAACCUACGGCAAGCAGUUCGUAAAACUGCUAAUGUAUAUUCAAAAUAUUUACAUGCCUCAGCUGGCGGCUUAUGAUGAAGGCGGUCCGAAGACGCGGCUGGAGAUGCUCCUGGCCAAGUUCCUGCGCGAGCGGCAGAUUCCGCAGGCCAUCGGAGUUUUACCACCAGGCUUUUGGUAGUCUUACAAUUUAUCUAGUUCUGAUAUUCUGAAUUCAUUGUACGUAUUUAUAAGGAAAAUAUAUAAUUUCUCUAGUA